AUGAAAACGCCCGUCUAUUCCCUGUUACCGCUUCUCUUGUCAUUAUCAAAUCUCGUCACCUCUGUAACAAUAGACUGUCAAAACAUCCGGGUCGACGGCAAGAAGUUUGACCUGUCGAAGCUCGCGGGCCGUCAUUCCGUCACUGUCCACGACACAUCGAGACCGCCUGCGGAAUACAACACCACAUGGACCAUUAACCUUUGCGCGCCGUUGAAGAAGCUGGAGGGUAUAAGAGACCAGGAUCAAUGUCCCGGGGGAACUCGAGUAUGCGGUGUCGUCCAAUCCUGGAACCCUGCCGAUGAUCCGGACAAGAAACACGUCCAAGUCGAGAAUGUGAUUCCCAUUGCGGGGAACUUCGAAUCCAGCACGGGUGCCGGUCUGGAUCCCAAGGUGACCAGGUUGAAAACGCAAGAUUCAAACUCGGACGGUCUCCAGAUUGAGCUGAAUGGCGGCAAUUACAACAAAAUGAAGCAAAAGGCAGUGGUGCAAUUGACGUGUGACAAGGAUCGGAGCGGGAACGAAGAGAAGAAGAAGCGCGAUGACCAGGACAAGGACAAGGACAAAGACAAGGAAGAGCAGCCGAGCACCUCGAGCUUGACGUUUGUGAGCUACGGGCCGGUCGAGGGAAAGGACAAGAUAGAGGUUCUGAGGCUCGACUGGCGGACAAAGUAUGCUUGCGAGGACUACGCCGACAGCGACGAAGCGAGGAGGAGCGGAUGGGGUUUCUUCACCUGGUUUAUCCUGCUUGCCUUCCUCGGCAUCGCCGCCUACCUUAUCUUCGGCUCCUGGCUGAACUACAACCGCUACGGCGCUCGGGGCUGGGACCUGCUCCCGCACGGCGACACGAUCCGCGACAUUCCCUACCUCUUCAAGGACUGGUCGAGAAAGGUGAUUGAUACCGUGUCCGGAGGCGGUUCUAGAGGCGGGUAUAGCGCUGUAUAA